AUGUGCAACAUGCGGCUCUCGAGCUUUAGGUUAUUAUCGGUCUUACUUGGCUACUUAGUAGCUCAAGCAAAGGCUUACCCUAUGCAGGGAUGGCCUAUGUACCCGCAAACAUCUAGGGAAUACCCAGAUGAUGAAUACUACUAUGCUCCCAAAGUACAAUACUUUUAUGAUGCUCCAGCGAUUGGUGUCCCAGAAAUGCACGCUCAAGUUCCAUACCCCUAUUUCUACGACCCGUACGGUCACUUUAUUGCAAAUGAAGCGCCAAAGAGACAGGAAGAGAGACUAGCAGCCUUGCCUAUUGGACAGGAAACUUGGUUUGAGAGUGACACCACGCCCCGCUGGCAAUCCAACGAUGUUGAUGACGUCAGUGCAGCUUUCCUCGAUAAUUUGAUUCUUACGCAAAUGGCACAAGACGCACAGAGACGGCGCGAGAAUGCCCGCGCAGCCUUCCCGCCUGUUGAUUAUGACGAGCCUGAUGCCCAAGAUGAAGACGUGCGAGAACUGAAGGCUUUGGCUGGGAAACCUUUGUACCAUGUCCCCAAGACAGUGCCAAGGAUUGACGAAGACGAUUAUGCAUCAGAUGAUGGCUUCAUCAACUGGAACGGAAACAAGAGAAGCGUAACCACCGCUGCACCACAGCUUACCACGGAGCCGGCCAAAGCUGGUGACAAGGAGUUUGUGAGGCCACAGCCUGCAGCCAACCCAUUCAGUCGUGGACAUCAAAACAGCCAGAACAAAAGAAGCAAUGCUUUCUACGAUACGAUCGUGCAGUACUUCGCGGACAAGAAAACAAACAAGAAAUUACAAGAUACAGCAAAAGAACGAAGAAUCGAAAAGCGUUUUAUUGCUAAUGACUCGGAUCUAGUUGGAGAACUUCGAGGCCUAAAACAUCGCAUUUCCACUUAA